CGGUGUGAUGUGUGUGUGGGCUGUGCCCGGCGCUCAGAUGCCAGGAUGUAGCGAACAGGCUGCAACGGGGCGGUGGGUUGGAGCUUCAGUAACCGCUGGGGAGCCCCGAAACAGUGCCGACUGUGUCCUGUCGCACUCAGGCAAUGGCAACGAGGGCAGCGUCGCCGGCAGCUGUUACUGCGGGACCGUGAUUUCCUCCGGCUCCCCUCCGACGCCUCAGUUACUGGCACAUCUCCGAAAGCACCUGAAAGUCUAUCAUCGCUGUAACUCUUACAUCCGGUUCCAGCUGCCGGUCCGCAGUGUGUGUGGGGGCAGCAAAGACCAAUGGGUCCAAGAACUGAUGAACUGCUUUGAUCUCAGAGAAUGUGGACGCGUGGACUCUGGGAGUGCGGCCUCCUGGCAGCAUGCACCUCCCCGCAGCACCCGGCUUCCUGAGCCCACAGAAACGGCACCUUUAGACCUGGGUUCCUCUGCCCAGACGCACCUGCCGCCGGUUACGCGGUCCCCCCAGGCGCCCACACUGCCAGCAGGAGCACCGUCCUUGCGUGAAAACCUCCCCCACACCAGCGAAACCACUACAUCCACUGUGGGCCUCAGGGCUGGGUCUGAGGCUGGGGAGAAGCAGAAGCAGUUGGAAGACAAUGUGGGACCCACAUCUGGGACAUCGGCCACGGUGCCCGUGGUGUCCCUCCUGACCAUCAUCUUCUUUCUCACCAUUGUCCUCAUGUUUGUCUUGUGCCAGAGGAAGAGGAAGUGCUGGGAGCACUCUCCAGAUCUGCAGCUCCAUUACCGACCUGUGGCAUCAGACUCCAAUGCUUGAACUAAGAAUGGAUGCCCAUGAGGACAGACAUUGUCACUUAUUCAGUCCCCUCUACGCUGCAUUGAUACAAUAGAUAGACUCUCUGAAGCGAUUUUCUGGUUAAUGGGCAAAUAACCAAGCACUGCCCCCUUGUGGACACUUCCUGGUUUUUCCCUACACAAUCAUAUAAAGUCCACCUUUUAAUGCGAUCUCUUAGAUAAAUUCUUCAUGUAUGUUUUUAAUUACUAAAGAUUAUUUUUACAA